AAGUUCCUCUGUAUACCAAACUAUCAAAAAAACUCUCUCCAUUUCUGUUCUCAACAAAGCCAAGAGUUAUGGUGAGAGUCUUUCUUCUCUACAACCUCUUUAACUCCUUUCUUCUUUGUUUAGUUCCCAAGAAGCUUAGAGUUUUCUUCCCUCCUUCUUGGUACAUCGACGACAAGAACCCACCACCGCCUGAUGAAUCGGAAACUGAAUCUCCGGUAGAUCUAAAACGAGUGUUUCAGAUGUUCGACAAGAACGGAGAUGGACGCAUCACAAAGGAAGAGCUGAACGAUUCUCUAGAGAAUCUAGGAAUCUUUAUGCCUGACAAAGAUCUGAUCCAGAUGAUCCAGAAGAUGGAUGCAAAUGGAGAUGGGUGUGUAGACAUAAACGAGUUUGAGUCUCUUUAUGGUUCGAUUGUGGAGGAAAAGGAGGAAGGGGACAUGAGAGACGCGUUCAAUGUGUUUGAUCAAGACGGUGAUGGAUUUAUCACUGUUGAGGAGUUGAAUUCUGUGAUGACUUCCUUGGGGCUCAAGCAAGGUAAAACCCUAGAAUGUUGUAAAGAGAUGAUUAUGCAAGUGGAUGAAGAUGGAGAUGGUAGAGUCAAUUACAAGGAAUUCCUUCAGAUGAUGAAAAGUGGUGACUUUAGCAAUAGAUCAUGAGUUUAUUCUGACAUGGAGAAGAAGGACCAAUAUAUUUACCUCUAGUCCUCUACUAUAUAUGAUUAAUGUAUCAGCUUUCUCCAAGUUAAGAAAUUUGGGCAGGGAUCGAAUCAAC